AUGGACAGGUUGCAUUCCUCCAUGCGCAAGCGUCUUUACAGCUUGCCCCAACAAAUCGGACCGAGAUCGGAUGAAAGCGAGGCGGACGCGCGGAGGAAGAGCGUGCGCAUGAAAGCGCUGGGGUCUGCCGUCUCUUCUGAGGCCGCGAGCGGGGAGCCAGACGCACUGAGCGCGCUCAGAGGAAACGCCAACGGAGACUGCCGCAGGUUCAAGGGAAGCCUGUCGUCCAUCACCAGCCGCCACACUGCAGACCCUGAAGAGCCCGAGCAGAGGCGGCUCAUCGCCGAGGAGGAAGAUGAGGAAGGUUGCGGUGGAGGAGCUGAAAGUCCUGAAGAUGCCGAAGGAGCGCCGGAGGAGGGUGUUGAGAGCCAGCAGCACUCAGCUUCUGAUGAACACUCGACUUUCAUCAAGUUGGAAGGUGAUGAGCAGAUGACACCCGACGAUGAGCAUAUCUACCAGUCGGGCUUCAUGCACAGACAACUGGGUGCCAUUCUGCAGCCCGGAGUCAACAAGUUCUCUCUUCGUAUGUUCGGCAGCGAGAAGGCGGUGGAGCGAGAGCAGGAGCGGGUCAAGUCUGCCGGAUCCUGGAUCAUCCACCCGUAUAGCGACUUCAGAUUCUACUGGGACCUAAUAAUGCUGCUUUUGAUGGUGGGGAAUCUCAUAAUCAUCCCUGUGGGCAUCACUUUCUUCAAGGACGAGCACACACCAGCAUGGAUUGUUUUUAAUGUGGUAUCUGACACUUUUUUUUUAGUGGACCUAGUACUGAACUUUCGGACUGGCAUUGUAAAGGAGGACAGCACAGAGAUAAUCCUGGACGCACAGCAGAUUAAGGUGAGGUAUCUGCGGAGCUGGUUCACCGUAGACUUUAUCUCCUCAAUUCCUGUGGAUUACAUUUUCCUUAUUGUAGAGACACGGAUUGACUCAGACUUUUACAAGACAGCCAGAGCUCUUAGGAUUGUCCGCUUUACGAAAAUCCUGAGUCUUCUAAGAUUGCUGCGACUGUCCCGGCUCAUCAGAUACAUUCAUCAGUGGGAGGAGAUUUUUCACAUGACCUAUGACCUGGCCAGCGCUAUGGUGCGCAUAGUGAACCUGAUUGGCAUGAUGCUGUUGCUUUGCCACUGGGAUGGCUGCCUGCAAUUCCUUGUGCCUAUGCUUCAGGACUUCCCUGCAGACUGCUGGGUCUCCAAAAACAAAAUGGUGAAUGAUACUUGGGGUCAGCAGUACUCCUAUGCCCUGUUUAAGGCGAUGAGCCACAUGCUGUGCAUUGGGUAUGGCAUGUACCCACCAGUGGGCAUGACAGACGUUUGGCUGACCAUUCUCAGCAUGAUUGUGGGUGCCACCUGCUAUGCCAUGUUUGUGGGUCAUGCCACUGCCCUUAUUCAAUCACUGGAUUCAUCUCGAAGGCAGUAUCAGGAGAAGUACAAACAGGUGGAGCAGUACAUGUCCUUUCACAAGCUACCUGCUGACAUGCGCCAAAAGAUCCAUGACUACUAUGAGCACCGUUACCAGGGCAAGAUGUUUGAUGAGGAGAGCAUUCUUGGAGAACUAAAUGAGCCAUUGCGAGAGGAGAUCAUCAGCUUCAACUGUCGAAAACUGGUGGCCACUAUGCCCCUGUUUGCCAAUGCAGAUCCCAACUUUGUGACCUCCAUGCUAACCAAGUUGCGCUUUGAAGUCUUCCAGCCAGGAGACUAUAUAAUUCGAGAAGGCACCAUCGGCAAGAAGAUGUAUUUCAUCCAGCAUGGGGUGCUAACAGUUCUGACCAAAGGCAGCAAAGAGACAAAGAUUUCAGAUGGAUCUUACUUUGGAGAGAUCUGUUUGCUGACUCGAGGCAGAAGAACAGCUAGUGUGAGGGCAGAGACAUACUGUCGUUUGUACUCACUGUCUGUGGACAACUUCAACGAAGUGCUGGAGGAGUAUCCAAUGAUGCGGCGUGCCUUUGAGACCGUAGCCCUCGAUCGUCUGGAUCGCAUUGGAAAGAAAAACUCUGUCCUCCAGCACAAAGUACAGAGGGAUCUCAACUCAAGUGGACUGAAUUACCAGGAGAACGAGAUCAUCCAGCAGAUUGUGCAGCAUGACAGGGAUAUGGCUCACUGUGCUCACCUAACACAAACCCCUGCACCAGGUCCUCAUGUUUCCCAAACCCCCUCAUCACACACUCCAGUCAUCUGGGCUCCUCUGAUUCAGGCCCCUCUCCAAGCUGCAGCAGCCACUACUUCAGUGGCGAUUGCUCUUACUCGUCACCCACAUCUGCCUCAUGCACUCUUUCGGCCUCCAAUGCCCUUGCUAAGUUCAAAUAAAGAUCCACCGGGCUAUAUGAAAAGGUUUCCUGUGAUGUCUGGUGUUACUGGACUUGGUAGCUCAUCUUCUGGAGCUACUUCACAGCUUGGUUCUGGAGUAGAAACCCCUAUUCUGGAUUCAAUCAGAGCCAAGAGUUCUUCCUCUACUCUGCCUUCUGCCUCCAGCUCCUUGCCAUCUUCCACAACAACCACUAUCACAACCAUUACAUCUAGCAUUACAAAUGUAUCAGCUUCUUUUCAAAGACCCAUAAAUACUGGUAGUUCUAGUGACUCCAGUGUAACUAAACUCCAUUCCCAACCUCAGUUUCCACACUCUACCUCCAGCAUCACAGGUCUACUGCCUGGUUUCUUCCAACAAGGGACAAUGGGAGGAGGUUUGGCUCGGUUUGCCAUCCCCUCACCCUCUACAAUUACUCCAUUAAUAGCUCAUUCUAUCAGCCCAAUACUUACCCAACUACAGUCUGCUCAGCCUCUUCAAGACAAGCGCAGUCAAGAGUUGAGCAAGCCAGUCAGGACAGCCACUCCGUCACCAGCUUCGGGAUCCCCACUUGUCUCAGCUAUUAUUUCAGAGCCAUGCGUCCCAAAACCCCAGAAUCAGGAUCCUCAGAAUUCUGAUAAUCCCUUUCAGCUCUCUCAUCACCCAUCCGCUCUGGCUUCACUUUCUCAGUACGGCUCUAGAAAUGUCUCCCCCUGUAGCACCCCACCAGCUUGGAGCCCUACAUCCCAAAGUCCUGUGGUGCAAAGAAAAAGGACUUCGGUUCAUAGUCGGCCCUCAAGCACCUCAGGAUCCCAAAGCUCUCUGAUGUCCCCUCAGAGCCUCUGUCCUCCACCUUCCCGGACAAAAGAAAGGGGAGGAUCCCUGGUCGAUCUCUCUUCGAGCACUAUCUCCAUAUCGCUUCCUUCUCCAAGACAUUUUGACAGAUCCAAGCAAGUAAAACAAGGUUCACAUUUCCCUGAUGAGUCUCACCUGGUCUCAAUGCCAGGGCCCAGUCACACUGUUUCCUCCACUCCUGUCAUUAAACCGUAUAGUUCAAUACCUGGUCAUGUGGCCCUAUCAAGACAGACUUCUAAAGGCUCGUUAAGUGGCUCACCAGCUCUAUUGCCUCAAGACAGAGCUUCUCCAGGGACACCCCGAUUACACCCUAAACUUCCAUCAAACUUGUAAAACUGGAUUUUACCGCUGUAUAUUGUACAGACUAUGUUUUUAUCAUGGUGUAAUAUUUAUCAAAGUACAUAACA